GUUUUUUGAGUUCCUAGACCAAAGAGAGAGAGGGGAGAGGUAAUCGGCUGCGUCGCUCUUCUCCAUCUUGCCCGUGCUCUUGCCGUGUCCAUCUCUCUGAUCUCCCUCGCCAGCAAUGACGGAUGGCAAGGCGGUGAUCUUUAGCCUUUACUGGGGACGUGCGGAUUGAUUCGUUGAUGAUCCCGACUUUCUAUUGGUAGUUCGAUCUGCACGUGCAAGAUUUGUAUAAUUCUGAGUAUUCCUUUUGCAUUAAGUGCUAUUUAAGGUGUUGCUUGUUACUCUUUUGAAGGUUGUGUAUUCUGGUUCUGAUUCUCCGGUUCUUCUUUGAUCUUUGUGAUCAGACAAGCAUUGAUCUUUAAACUUUACUAGAGACGUGUCAAUUGGCUCAUAGUCGAUGCUCUUCCUCGACAAGCCUAGGGCAUAUUGAAAUGUUAUGACUUUUGACCAGAAAAACGAAGUCCUGCUCUGGUUUUUUUGUUUUUGGGAUUUGGGUGAGGAAAAGAAUAAGUUGGUACUGGAGGUCCUGGACAUGGUGGCUUUGAGAAUUUGAAACUUGACAUCAAGCAACUGCGCUUAUUAUUAGGUGUUGCUUGUUACUCUUUUGAAGGUUGUGUAUUCUGGUUCUGAUUCUCCGGCUUCUCUUGAAUCUUUGUGACCAGACAAGCAUUGAUCUUAAACCUUUACAAGAGACGUGGCACUUGGUUCGUACAUUUAUGCACUUCCUUGACAAGCUUAGGGCAUAUUGAAAGGUUGUGACUUUUGAUCCGAAAAACGAAGCCCCUGUCUAGCUCUUAUUUUUGGGAUUUGUGUGAGGAAAAGAAUAAGUUCGUAAUGGAGGUCUGGACAUGGUGGCUUUGAGAACUUGAAACUCGAUAUAGAGCAGCUGCUUCUAUUAUUAGGUGUUUGUCACUAUUUCGCCAUGUAUUCUGGUUCUGAUUCUCCUGCUCUUCUUGAAUCUUUCUGACUGGACUAGUGUUGAUCUAUAAGCUUCACUAGAGACCAGUCAGUUGGUUCAUUAAUGGUCCGGUACGUCACACAUCCAUACACUUCCUCAACGAGUUUAGGGCAUUUUAAUUGUUGUGACUUUUGACAAGAAAAACGAAAGCCUGGUUUUGGCUUUUCUUUUGGGAUUCGCAUGAGGAACAGAAUAAAAUGGUAAUGGAGGUCUGGACAUGGUGGCCUUGAGAACUCAAAACUUGACGUCAAGCAACUGCUUCUAUUAUUAGGCUUUGUGUAGGUACAGGGGGAAUGGAAUGCAAUAAAGAUGAGGCCACGAGGGCAAAAGAAAUUGCAGAGACAAAGUUCAUAGCAAGGGACAUGGCAGGAGCCAAAAAGUUUGCUUUGAAGGCCCAUAGUCUUUAUCCGGGACUGGAAGGCAUGACCCAAAUGUUAGCAACGCUUGAUGUGUAUGUUUCUGCAGAGAACAAAGUCAAUGGGGAGCCAGAUUGGUAUGGUGUGCUCGGUGUGGAUCCGGCAGCUGAUGAAGAGACAGUGAGGAGACAAUAUAGGAAGCUUGCUCUCAUGCUGCAUCCUGAUAAGAACAAGUCUAUUGGAGCAGAAGGGGCUUUUAAACUAAUAUCACAGGCCUGGAGUUUAUUAUCAGAUAAGGUUAAGAGGGUAGGAUAUGACCAGAAGAGAUUUGUAAGGACCUUCCCAAAGGUUCCUAAAUCGACCGGAGCUUCAUCAGCGACUCCAAGGACCAAUAGUUUUUACAAUUUCGAUAAGACUGCAAAUGCAACUGCUACAACAAAUAUGACUGCUAAGAGUCAUAGGACUACGGAGCGAGCACGGCACUCUUCCCAGAAGACAAAGCCAAAUACAUUUUGGACAGUUUGUCACCGCUGCAAAAUGCAAUAUGAGUAUCUCAGAGUAUACCUCAAUCACAACCUGCUAUGUCCCAACUGCCAGAAGCCCUUUUUUGCAAUAGAAAUAGCUCCACCAACAUCUGAUGGAACUACGUCAUCUACUCCCUGGAACUUUUCCCAGCAGCAGCAGUCCACAAAUCAUCAAGUGAAUAGCAAGGACACAAUGAACUCAGGCAGGAGUAAUGCGCCUUCUUCCGGUACUGGUGUGGGGGGCUUCAGUGGUCAUGAUUCACACAUGCAAAACAACACAAACUGGAGUCCGUUCUCAAGAACAAGUAGUGCUUCAACCGCUGCUCAAGCUGCGAGUGUGGUGCAACAGGCAUAUGAGAAAGUGAAGAGAGAGCGAGAGGAGGCUCAGGCAGCAACAAAAAGAGAAGAGGCUCUUCGGAGGAAGCAAUUCUCCAGAAAGAACAGCGGCACGUCAUCGACUGGUCACACUGGUGCUGUGAAGAGAAGAAAAGGUAUGGAUGAUCUUGGUGGCAGCGAUCAUGGGAGGGAUGUUACCAAUCAAAUGGGAAUGGCGGGUGGUGGUGUGGGUGCACCUUUUUCCAAACAAGCAAAUUUUGGAGCAGUUUCUGUUAAUGGCAUCACAAGGCCUAAUGCUGUAAGGGAAAUGACUGAGCUUCAAGUUCAGAAAGUACUGGUUAUGAAGGCCCAGAGAGAAAUUCUCAAGAGCCUAACUGAAUCGAGAUCGGCAACUAUAGCUAAAACUGCAGGCAAGGGGGAGAGGAACGGGAAUGAUGACAAAACUAAUGAGUCAGUGGGAAAAGUUCCUGUAGAUGGCGGCACUGAUGAUAAAACCAAGCCGAGAGAGUCUCUGGAUCUGAAGAAAGAAUUUUCUGCUGCUAAGUCCUUCCCAGGCAUUCCUAGUACGGAUGCUGGAACUUCGCAGAUGCUGACAAUGACUGUCCUGGAUCCAGAUUUCCAUGAUUUCGAUAAAGACCGAACAGAAAAAUCAUUUAGAGAAAACCAUGUCUGGGCAGUCUAUGAUGAUGAUGAUGGGAUGCCUAGAUUUUAUGCCCUGAUUCAGGAAGUGAUUUCCUUAAAUCCAUUCAAGAUGUGUAUUAGCUGGCUUAAUUCCAAGACUAACAGUGAAUUAGGCCCCUUGAAUUGGGUUGCUUCUGGUUUCGCAAAAACUUGUGGAGAUUUCAGAGUGGGAAAAUACGAGAUUUAUGACUCGCUCAAUGCCUUUUCUCACAAGGUCCGGUGGACCAAAGGUGUGCGUGGUGUUAUUCGCAUAUUUCCAAGAAAGGGCGAUGUAUGGGCUCUCUAUAGAAAUUGGUCCCCUAAUUGGAACGAGGUAACUGCAGAUGAGAUAAUACAUAAGUAUGACAUGGUGGAGGUGCUAGAAGACUUUGAUGAAGAACAAGGCGUGCUCGUCAUCCCAUUGGUGAAAGUUGCCGGAUUCAGGGCAGUGUUUCAUCGGCAUCUGGACCUCGGGGAAAUCAGAAGGAUUCCAAGAGAAGAGAUGUUCCGGUUUUCACAUCAGGUUCCCUCGUACAUGCUUACUGGUCAAGAAGCUCCUAAUGCUCCCAAGGGAUGCCUUGAACUGGACCCCGCUGCCACCCCCUUGGAGCUUCUUCAAGUUAUCGAAGAUGUUAAAGCAGAAGACAUUGAAGAGAAUGAUGAAGGGGAAACUUCUCAUACCAAGACAUCUGGGGCUGAAAGAACUGUAGAACCUGUUCUAAGUGCUGAGGAUGCUCGGGAGGUGGCAACUAUGGAAGAUUAGACAGAGCACCUGACAAGUGGCAGAAAGACUUGCUGGUUUUUUCUAUGGACCUGGUGUCAGGCGCUGUAUUGUUUGGUCUGAUGUGCAUACAAAGUAAGUGCUCAAAUCGAGCUACUUGCUUCCUUGACCAAUUACAAGAAGAACUACCGUAACUGACUGCAGUUGCACCCGGAGGUGCAGAACUGUCUUAUAAUGACCCCUCCUAAACUAUUAGCCACUUGGUUUUAGUUUAGUUGGGGUGAUCUGUGUCCAUUCACUUACUCAUGGAAACUCAGUGGUGGGUGCUUUUUUCUCAAAUUUAGUUUUUCGGAUCGCAGUUAGAUUGAUAUCUUCCUUCAAAGGCUUUAUAUUUCAGCAGGCAUAUCUAGUUGGAGCUGAUUUUUGACUCUAGUUGCUUACAAGGCAUGUAUACAUCUUCUCAAAAAGCCAAGUGUAUCUAAAUUUUCCUCCCUUUUUUGGGAUAGGUAAAGAUAGGGGAGGGAAAAGAGAUGAAUUGAACUCAGGAUCUCUUGGAUCUUGGCGAGGGUGGACCAAGAAUAGGCCAAGCUAUUGUUCCUGUGUAUUUUAGAGAUGUUGUGACUAGAGAACAAAAAUGUAGUCAACGAGGCAUCGAUGUUGUUUCUGAAUGCCGAUUAUUUAUGUCUCUGCUGUUAGGGAAUGUGGAAAUCGUUACAUUCAUUUCUGUUUUACAUCAACAAGAGAACUUCUCGA